GGUACGUUUCGGCCGCUAGAUUUCUCAUACCAGAGUCAUACCACGUCUCAAACAAAAGUGGUGCCUGUUGUUUAUCUUUUUGAAUUUGGAAAGCAUUGAGCGAAAGACACUAUUCCGGUCUUUUGCUGUUUGACAAUUAUUUAUGCCACUUUUCUCUAGUGAAGCUUGGUGAUGGUAUGAAACAAAUUGUUUCUACCCUCUGACAUUGUCCUAGGGAGACAUGUCUUCAGUAUUUGUUUUGCACAUGGACGGGCCAGUCCGAGAGGAGCGACGGAGUUCGCCGGCCCGCUCUGAGCGACAGGACCCGACAGUCCAUAGGGAGUUGAGGGCAGCAGAGCCUCCACCAGAGCAGCACCUCCAGGAGCUUGACUCCAGUGCCAUCGAUCUGGCGGAGGAGACUGGCGACGCAAGCGGCGCACAGCACCAUGAGAUCGCCUCACAACUCGAGGGAAGCACGCCCGACAAAUGCGGCAAGUGUGCCGCCGACUUCCCCUCCCUGGCCAAGAUGGUUGUGAAAGUGCCCACCCUCACGGGGAAGAAGCCAAUGCAGUGGACAGUGUGUGUGAAGUUAAGUGAAGUGAUGGACUUGCGGAGACGCUUUGGCGUCCGCGACGCGGCCACGCCCCUCGAGUGCACGUUUUGCCACACGAAGUUGCCUGUGAUAGACCUCGAGAAGCACUUGAUAUCGCAUGCUUUUCAGAAGCCCUUUAAGAGAAAGUGUUCAGUUUGCCACGAGAAAUUUACAGCCACGGAGUCUCUCAUCGCUCAUUUCAGAAGGGAGAGGAUGUUUGUGUGCAAGGUGUGCGAUAUGGGGUUCGGUCGCGCAGCGCUCCUCGCUGCCCAUUUAAGGACUCACUCAGUGGACAAGCAAAUGAUCGGACAACUUCACAGGACAUCGUCGGAGCAAGAUGUGGCCCAGUGCGCUGCGUGUGCCGCUGAUUACCCAUCCUUGUCCAAAAUGGUUGCGAGUGUCCGCACCCACACCGAACAGAAGCCACUGGAGUGCUCGGUUCGCGUGACUUUAAGUGAAGCGGAGAAACUGGAGGGACGCCUGACUUACCGGCGAGGUGAGAUGCCAUUCGAGUGCGCAGUGUGCCGGCUCAAGUUCGAUGAAACAGACUUCCUCAAAAUGCAUUUUCAAUCUCAUGUGGCUGAGAAGCCAAUAAAGUGCACAGUUUGCCGUAAGAAUUUUACAGCUUCAGAGCAUCUCAUAGCCAAUUUUAGAAUCCACGCAAAGAAGGCACCUGCCAGAAAACUUAAGUUAAGUGAUGAACUUUCUCAACUAGAGGAUCUUAAUGUAAAGUUCGGUGAAGUAGAACAAACAGAAAAACACCUUGGCUUGAGAACCGAGACAGAGAAGCCAGCUAGCAGACAUCCUUGUAACUUUGGAGAUGCAUCUGCUCAAAGUAUUCAAGUUACUAGCACCCAUUCCCUGGGCGAGCCUUACAAGUGCAAAAUUUGCAGUAAGCAAUUUACCCAUGAAAGCCUUCUUUCAUUGCAUCUUGGUUACCACGGAAUAGGCAAAUUUUUUAGAUGCGCAAUUUGCAGCAAGUCUUUUAGUUCUCGAACCGGACUGAAAUAUCAUUUAAGAACGACCCAUGAAGGAAAGAACCGCCUCCUCUGUGAAUUUUGCAAUAAAACGUUUGCUUUGCCACAGACACUCGUGGCGCACAUUAGAACCCAUGAAAGGGACGAGCCGUUUAAAUGCGAAGUUUGCAAUACGGCCCUUCAGCUUCCAGGGCACCUCGAAAGAAACAUUCGGAUGCAUUCAGAGGAAACGCUGUUUGAGGGCGAGGUUGUGUGCUCAGUAUGCCAUAGUCACAAUAGUUUAAGGGCACUCAUGCCAAUCCAUGCUUCGGAGGAGUCUCAGAAGAUCCCAGUCGAAGACAAGGAUUGCAAUGUGGAAUUAAAAGAAGAAUCGGCUCAUAGAAUUCAUAUUCAAAUGCAUGAUGAGUGCAAAGUUUCCGACAGAGAGAAUCAUGAGUUACAGAUAGAGAAAAAUCUCGAUCCUAAUAUACAUACAAGGAGAACAAAGUUUACCUGCAAUGUAUGCGAUAUGCAUUUCAGUGAUGUAAGUUACCUUAGGAAACACCUCGUCAUCCACUCACUGCAGGAACCGGCGAGCCUUUCUAAAAUUUCGUGUCAAAAAACGCGCGUCUAAAUUAAUCUAGCGUUCUGCGGAAGUUACCAAGAGAAUGUCACAUUCAAAAUGGUCUGAACACAUGAACUAGAUAGACGCAAUUGUGGUGAUUAAUUUUUAAAAUGAUGUGUAUGUCUACAUCUUUAUUUGAUAUAUGAAACUGGAAGCAUGUUUGAACGUUCUUGAAAUUUUUGUUAUAGUCAGAAACAUCUUGUCUCGUGGACCUAAACUGCAGAGAUCCCCUGUUUUACUCGCUAUUUGUUCAUCCGAAAAUAGUUUCUGAUGUGUUGUAAUCUGUGAUGCUCAUUAUGUGGAGAAACUGGAAAACCGAGUGGAAAGUAUCCGCGUUCGCACGUUGUUUUGGCUGUCCUCUGCGUGUUAAAUGAAGGACUUUAUUUAAACAGUCAUGUUAAGUUAAUCUCCCAAAUAAAAAUUUUCA